AUGAGGCAGUUCUGCUCCCAACACGAUCAAAGAAGAAAACACCCAGGAGUAAGCACGUCCGAAGGAGCAACUCACCCGGAGGAGCACACUCACCCGGAGGAGCAGACUCACCUAGAGGAGCAGACUCAUCCCGAGGAGCAGACUCACCUAGAGGAGCAGACUCACCUAGAGGAGCAGACUCACCCGGAGGAGCAGACUCACCCGGAGGAACAGACUCACCCGGAGGAGCACACUCACCCCGAGGAGCACACUCACCCGGAGGAGCAGACUCACCCGGAGGAGCACACUCACCCGGAGGAGCACACUCACCCGGAGGAGCAGACUCACCCGGAGGAGCAGACUCACCCGGAGGAGCAGACUCACCUAGAGGAGCAGACUCACCCGGAGGAGCAGACUCAUCCCGAGGAGCAGACUCACCCGGAGGAGCAGACUCACCUGGAGGAGCACACUCACCUGGAGGAGCAGACUCACCCGGAGGAGCACACUCACCCGGAGGAGUGCCCCGUGCUGGGCGCCUCCCUGGCAGGCCUGUUCCCUUUCGCCUCAUGCAGCGGAGGUCAUGUGGUCUGGUUCCCUCUUAGGCAGGCCGGUGGCCACUUUGGUCAGCUCGACACCCAUGCUUUCUAA